AUGCUGUCGAAAUUGAUCAAGCAAGUGGCUACACGGGGUCGACCAGCGCAUCGCUGUCACUCCUCGCACACCAAGUUAUGGGACCUCUUUCGAGCACCAACUGAAGCACCGAGAGAGCCAGAGGCUCCACAGUACAUUAUGAAUAUGAAGGACAAUCUGGAGUUUGCUCUGGAGCGGAUGCGCCUUCUUGGUGAACCUGUAGCUCUGCAGCUGCUUGAUUGUGAUGCUCGCCGACUUAAAAAGGUGAAUUCUGGCAAGCGACUGUGCUCAUAUCGUCGCAGAAGGCUGAGACGCCUUGUGCAGCGCUCGGCCAAGUAG